UCAAGUGCAACAUUUCUAUAACGUUUUGCAUUUUGCUUCGAAUAACUUGGUCGUCCUGUGGACCAGUGUAGGCUCAAUGAGCGACAGUCCUGAGCCACAUCGUUUCCGAGCUACGUAUAAUUUUUUAGCAAUUAUUCAUUUAAUUUUGGCAAUAACGAACGGGCAGUUGUAGUCAUAGGCUGUCAUAGACGGUUCGCUAAAACAUCAGUGGCACCCCUUUUCCCCUUCUCAACCGUUGCUUAUUACGCCGACGUCCGUAACAAUCUCAUAUCAGCUACUCGAUUUCCGUUUCUAGCACAAGACAGUAGCUGAAACAGUAAGGAUGACGGAAAAACCGCCUGCGGAAAAACCCCCAGGAGAGAAGCUCCCCGCGGAGAAAUCUGGCCCGGAAAAGCCGCCCUCAGAAACCCCAGCUAAGGAACUGUCUAAGAGGGCUUACAUGGAAAAGUUGACGUUACGACUUAUGAAGUCCGAAGAACUUGAAGACCUGCCAAAGUACUGGAAAGAUGAAGUUGGAAUUGCAGUCGACUUACGUGUAAUUAGAAGGUGGUACCGGUUGGACCCGGAAGGAUUUCGUGUAGCUGUCGAUAGUCAAGACAAAAUUGUAGGUAUGACAACAGUAAUUAAACAAAAUGAUUUGCUUUAUGUAUUAGGCUAUUUGGGUGUUCCGAAAGAGUUGCGUGGACAGGGCAUUGCCAGCAAACUAUUGCAGUACGCUCUCUCGCGGUGUCCGAAUGCAAAUUUCGCAUUAAACUCAGACUCGAACAAGCUGCAGAUCUAUACUCGACGAGGAUUCAAAGAAGUAAAAGACACCAAUGGUUUCUCAUUUAUCGGGAAGUUCCCUCAGCUAGCUGAACGGAAGCCGCCCGAAACCGAUCUCGAAGUCGUCACAAUAGCGCCGGCAGCGCCUGACCUGCGGCUAGUAACCCAGUACGAUAAGGAGGUCUGUGGUUUCGAGAGAAGCGACAGCCUUCUUCAGUUGACAGGGGAAGGAGUAAUUGUACUAGGCAUAAAGCAAAGGGGAAAAAUUGUUGCCUAUGGGAAGAUUCAGCCCUACCUAUUCGGCGGCGCUUGGCUAGGACCAUUGUAUGCCGAUGGGUUGGAACUGGCCCAGUUUCUAUUUUAUCGAUUGGUCAGGAGGUAUGAGAACCAAGAUUGUGCCUACUUGUUUACCAUCGUCAGUGACCAGUUCAAGCCAUUUGCAAAGACACUGAUGAUGAAACAGGCCGAAAAGCUUACACGAUGCUACCUAAGACCGGAUAAUUUGCCGCCGGUUAAGUUGAAAAAGGUCUAUACGUAUGAUGAUCCGGGAUUUGCGUUUGUUUAGUCGCGAUCUCGAUAUGACUUCCAUAUGACGGGAAACGACAGCUUCUCCUCGUAGCACAGAAGAUCAGCGACGAGCAAUUGGGCCAGUUAGUCCUAAGAAAUUGAUCAUAUCCCAUGGAUUCUUGUAGCUGAGUGAGGUUGGCAUGGCGUAUUGCUAUUCCAGUUAGGCGACAGAUCGAUUCGAAUUAAAAAAAAAAAUACGGGUAAAUAAUGCGAGUGCAAAAAGCGGAUUCAGUGAAUGAUUCUGUCAAAAGCUUCCCUUUAAAUUUCGAUUUACAUUUCCGACUUAUGUCGACGACCAAGCGCUUGCGACCCUAUUCGAUCUCCAUGUAACCAGCUUAUAGGUAGUUCCGCUUGGAAAAUAAAUGAUUUAUACGUGUUAUCC